AUGGAUCCAGCCUCGAGAUCUCCCGACCAUCCAGAUCGUGCUGCCUCCGCUGAAGCCAGCUCGACCCGGCCAAACCCAUUUGAUGAUAGCGAUAUCUCGUCUCGCAAACGCCGGCGCACUUCUCUUUCUGGGUCUCCUGCAAAUUCUCUCGAUGCAGAAAACCCCAUUCGCGACUCCUCCAGCUCAACCACUAUCGACAUCGAUCCUGUCUUGCCUCGACCUGACACGGCUGCAGACUCUCUCACAGAUCCUGUUGCGCCUGAGACUCCCGGCUCAGGCUCUCACAUGGGUGAUCCUCCUACAGAACCUCCAUCCAGCAUGGUCACUCUCAACCUCAGGAAUGCAACCCAGAAAGAUUCGUCUUCGUUGCCAUCUUCACCCACUACUGCAGCUCAGCCAGCUGUGACUGAAAAUGCGACUGAUGCCGUCAACGACCACGUUCAAGAGAGUGUUGAAGAUUCUGAGGUCUACAUGAGUCAAGCUCCUCAAGACAAUGAUAUCUCAAGGCCAAGUUCUUCACAGUCUGCAACUCCGCCUAUCGAGGUUAUCUCCAUACAAUCAGAUGAGGAUAUGAUGUCUGACUACCAAAGUGCUGGUCUUUCCGUAGUCGAUAGCGACCUUGUCGCAAUCGAUCCGGUUCAUGAAUUCCCGUUCAAUGAGCCUAAUGAGUCACUAGAAGGAAUCAUGACGCGGCUUGCAACUUACCUUGGAACACAAUCCUCAAUCGAUCCAGCAGUCAUUCAUAGGCUGCAGCAAUGGCUAGACCAAUAUCUUGAUUACACUAGGAAUGUUAGUCGACAGACGUCAAUGGGAUCGUGUCGUUUAAACAUACAUUUCUGGGCUACUUUCCCACGCAUUGUUCCAGCGAUGGCUUACCGCCGACCACCACUUUACGAGGACGAAACACUUUGGGAAGUUAGCAGUGCUUUCUUUGCAAGCUUCGCCACACUAUCAGCUUGGUUUGUCAGUCAAGACAUCAUCGCCAUCAAAGAAUUCAUGGUAGAUCAGGAAUCGCAAAACCGGCAAAUACCUGAACUUUUCUCUCCGAUCUAUCUCCACCAUCUUCAUUCGAUAACUCAACCACCGCGGCCCAGCGACAGCCAGACUGAUCAAGUUGCACCUACGGCCUCGUACUUCGUCAGAGCUUACCAGAAAAGUGCAAACGGAAGCAUUGGCAGUCUUUUACAGCUGGCUAGAAUCUUGGCAGAACUUAUCCCGAGCCAUCCUCGUUUGACUAACGAUUUGGCAUCGAUCUGCCAAGUAGCGUCGGAUAUCAUGUCUGACACUCUCAACCCACGCAUUCCCAGCCAUGAUUUGAUGUCAAAACAGGAACUCGAGAACGGAUUCGCUUUGUACGAACUAAUUUGUAGGAUAUUUGACGACAUGAUCGAGAAAAAACCCUCGCAACUGUUCGCGGAUAACAUACUCAGAGGUGUCUCUGCUUUGUCAGAUAUGAUCAAGGCGAUCCUCAAAUGCGGCCUUCCGAUUGCAAGUCGUCUACUUCAAGAACACCAAAAAGCUUUUCCUGCAGUCUCUGAAGACUACGCCAUCGAAGCAAUUGCUCUCAAGCGGCGUUUUGAAACCUUCAUCAAACUCCUACGGUCGAGCCAAAUGCAACUCCGAUUUCAAGGAACGACACAAAUGUGCAGAGAACUUGUCGAGUGUUGGAGACUUCACUCCGAGCAGAGUGACGACAGCCACGCUUAUAUUGGGCAUAUCGCCGAGUAUCUAAUCGGAUCUGGGUUCAUCGACUACUUCUUAGGCUCCAAUUGCCACCCUGAGAUCAUCGUUGAGGGUGCCAACAUCGUCGGUUUCAUAAUAGUGACCAAGAACUAUCGCAAGGAGCAUCUAGACAUGAUAUGGCGAGGACUCACGUCUGGAGAAGAUCCCCGUACAGUCGACGCUCUAGCGCGAAUGAUGAUUGGUAUCGCCCAUCUCUUUGACAUCGAGGGCCUUCUGGCUCUUUGCGACAUGUUCCAGACACUGCCUGUAGAUGCCUUUACGCCCACUAUCCGAUUGCUUUGGGACCAUGUCAUGCAAUUCUUGACAGACAGGCCUGUGAUUGAGCAGCCCCUUGGACUCCAGCCUUACAACCUUUGUCUGCGGCUGUUAAGGGAGUCUUCUGUCUCCACAGGUGGAUCGCAAACCGUGUCCCCUGAAAUGCAGCAGGUAACAUUGCAUAAGCUGCAGGAAUUGUUAAGAUGCGGACCGGGCCCCGAAGGACGACAGCAACUGUACUUGAGUUGUCUUCAAGAUAUUGCAAACAAGUCAGCCACCACCCUGGGCAGCCUCUACUUUCUCUCCACCACGAUUCGGUCAAGAGUUAUGUCCACCGAGCUGCAUAGACUAGUGGAAGAGAACGACUUCACGAGGCUCCUUGUCGAGGAAUUAGAGCAUGCUAUCAAGGUCGGACGAGCAAUGGAUACUCAGACGGUACUCGCCUCGCCCACUUACCAGCCUCGAAAAGAAUUCAUUGCCGUCAUUAUCCAGUUGGAACCACAAACCAUCACUCAAGAGCUCGGACUCAAACUCUGGAACCUGCUUGUUGGUUCUCUCUCACUCUCGCUAGAAGAUAGGAGAGCCGGGUGGGACAUACUGAACAUUCUCAACCGGGGGGGCAACUUUGAUAUUCACUCGAAUCAUUUUCUCCGGACUUGUUUACUUCACUAUCUCCCAACUCUUUCCGCUGAGUACUUCUGCGAAGGUACGCUGGAAUUCCUUUUAGCUGAGAUCAUGCCUCGUCUCAAUGAAAAAUCGGACCUUCCGCUCGAUGACCAGGAAGCGGUCAACCAAAGUGGUAUUGAACAAGUGUGGCGCAUCGCUCUUGAAGCCGAAGAUGAAAUUCUGGCCGAAAAGUCUCUCCGAGUCCUGACACAGGACAUCUAUAUUAAAAAUGAGUAUAUUUCCUCUGGUCCCGCGCAACGAACGCAGUCGAUUCACCUAGCUCUCGUUGGUCGUUGUCUAAAGCAGCUGAAAAUUGCCGCGAAGGAUUUAGAGACUUUGGGCUUCAACCCUCAAGGUGGUAAUGAUGGGGAUGCGGUAUUUGCUACCAAAGCCCAGAAGCUACUGGAAAAAGAAAGGAUAUUUGUCCGCUCCUUGAAGUUUCUGCGGUACAUGUUGGAUGCCCAUCGUUCAACGCCACACUUAUUCACACCCGACUUGAGAACGCUGAUUUCUCAAGCACCCUAUGCGGUUCAGGGCGACUCAGCGGAACUCAAAUAUCAGUCUUUUGAUGGCAAUCAACAGACUGACAUCAAGCCACUUGUGAUUGGAAAGGGGAACACUGCAGCUUCUUUACUCGCGAGCCUCCGUGAAGAAACCGGAUUUGAGAACUAUCGAAUCUACUAUAGAGGCCAGCCAUUUUUACCACGUGAGACGGACAUAUGCAAAUCUCUCGAAGAUCUCCGCGUACAUGACGGUCUUAUACUGGUCAGGCGUGAAGACUCUGGUCCAGCUCUCUCUAAUCGGGUUACGCCUGGUGCUUCCUCACUUGAAAUCGAGAUCUCUGCUCAUUUUGAUGAGAUGUGGGAGUAUUUGAGCAUGAAGGACUCACUCGCAGAAGAAAUCUUCGCCUUCCUCAUCCGACUGCCGACGGACGGCCGUCUCUCCAAGUUGAUCGACAACGAACCAGCGACCUACAAAGAUGUUUUCCCCUCGGGGCAGCCUUUCAAGUCGCUUUACGCUGUGCAUGCGUUAGCAAAGUAUACCGAUGCUCUGUCUCCUAGUGGCAUACACAGUGAUGGCAGUCAGAAUGACGCGUUCACGCCUCGUUCUGUCUCGUACUCCAAAGCUCUCAAGACAGCCAUGUCCUUGAUUGUGCAUGCUAUCUCAGACAAGAACGUCUUCGACCAAGCAUCAAAGUUCAUGCGACUAAAGCUCACAACAAGUUUGCUUCAGGCAUUCAAGCAGCUCUACGACAGAAUUACUGUUCCAGAAACACCGGCCAUAUCGAAAGGUCUGGUUAUACCAGAUCCAGAUCGACUGGUCGAAAUCCUUUCGUAUGCCGCGGAUUGUCCCGGUGAUGAGCCCUCGGCUGCUAUAAACUUAACACUUCUUCUUUGUCUACGACUCAGCAUUAUGGAAGACCAAUUUUGGACAAAGCUCAGCGCAAACACAGACUUUAGCCGAGUCCUACGCCGUCUUAUACUAACCGACCCCCGCCAGGUCAUCAGAGCACGUUCGAUCAAGAUUAUACAAGAAUUCUUCAGUAUUUUGGAGCAGACAGCCGUCGGUCAUGCUUCAGACAACAACCUUGAUGGUUUGGUAGCAAGAUACUUCUGGACUAUCGCCAGAGACCUCAUUUCAGAAGCGCCUGGCAUUUCGCAUCAGUGCGACGAACUAUUCCGUUUAACCUACUUCCUUCUGAUUAGAAUCAACAAGCAAGCGCCUGAACUAGUAAACAUUGCAACGCUGGCGGCCAAAGCUAGCCAGCUUCUUCUAGAGCAUACAACAACUGAGACUAUAGAAUCGCCCGAUGUCGAAGAUACAUUAGCAAGAGGCUUGGCUUUUCUCUUGCAUCUUUGUCUGCGGUUGGACGCCACUGUUGCCCAAUCUGAGGUGCUCCCUAGAAAUCUUGCUGCAUCAUUAUUUUGGAAGCAGCUUUAUCCCAGCAAGCGUUUAUCAAACGGAGAGUCUGUGGCCAAAGUAAUUCUUCAGGGAGAAACGCGGGCCAAGCUUUGCGAAGUGGUGUUCCAGCUUGUGAAGCAUCAUCGAGACGAUAUUCAAAUGGUUCUAGAAGGACUCGGUCAACAAGUGCCAUUUUAUGAAGAUGAUGAUGGCAUGUAUGGCCCUUUAGUAAAACCGCACCUACUGACAGAUGGUCCAGAUAAUCCGUACCUGUAUGACCUAUCCUAUCACUUCGAGCGAUCCAGAGCACUCCGUGCUCCAUGUGGCUACGCAGGAUUGCAGAACUUGUCCAACACCUGCUACUUAAAUUCAUUAAUGGCGCAGCUAUACAUGAACACUGGUUUCCGGUGCUUCGUGCUCGGUUGCCGCGUUCGCUACCCUGAAACUAACCAGCAGCUCCUUCACAACACCCAGAAACUGUUUGGCCAUAUGCAGGAGAGCUACCUUCGCUACAUUGACCCGACUGACUUUGUCAAUUCCAUCAAGACAUACGAUGACACUCUGAUUGAUAUCCACAACCAAAUGGAUGUCGACGAGUUUUAUAAUCUUCUUUUUGACCGUUGGGAGAAUCAGCUUCUUGACCAGGAUGAAAAGAGAAGGAUGAAGUCGUUCUACGGUGGACAGCUUGUGCAGCAAGUAAAGUCCAAAGAAUGCGAGCACAUCUCUGAGCGCCUCGAACCCUUUUCCGCAAUUCAAUGUGAUAUAAAAGGGAAAGGCACAUUAGAGGAAAGUCUGCAGGCAUAUGUGGACGGUGAGAUCAUGGAAGGAGACAACAAGUACAAAUGUUCAACGUGCGACCGCCACGUUGAUGCAGUGAAAAGAGCCUGUAUCAAAGAUGUCCCGGAAAACCUCAUCUUCCACCUGAAGAGAUUUGAUUUCAAUCUACGUACCCUUCAACGUAGCAAGAUCAAUGACUAUUUCUCGUUCCCCAGUCGAGUCGACAUGCGACCAUACACCAUCGAACAUCUCAGCAACCCAGAGAGUGAUGGCGAGGAGGAUAUGUUUGAACUGGUCGGUGUGCUCGUUCAUUCGGGUACCGCCGAAUCCGGGCACUACUACUCUUACAUCCGCGAGCGUCCUUCCUCCGUUGAUAGCCCAAGCUGGGUUGAAUUCAACGACGACAUGGUAACUCCAUGGGACCCAGCGCAAAUGGAACAAUCAACAUUCGGCGGUACGAACCAACGUCCUCUUCAAGACUCAAACGGCCUCAUGUUCGACAGGAAUUACAGUGCAUACAUGCUUUUUUAUCAGCGCGCUUCGUCCCUACGUGCUGAGCAGGAAAAUAUGAUGAGUCUCAACGUCCCCGCGCCUCUCCGCGUCGAAGUGCCGGAGAAGCUCAAAUAUCAUACCACGGUCGAAAACACAGUUAUCCUCCGCCGUCACUGUAUCUAUGACGAGACCAAUACUGGGCUCGUUCUGACCCUGUUCCGUCAAUCUCUGCUGUGUUGUGGCCCUGUGGAUACAACUGAUACUUGCCUGAGUCCUAACGACUUCAUGUGUAAAUUUCAGCAGGAGCAUGGACUCCAGAAUUCGGCCAUGCGAACGCUACUCGGCCAUCUAGACCAAGUUGUCACGAGAGCAAAGGACAUCCCACAUUUCGGUUCAUACUGUAGAGACCUGAUGGGUGCAAUCACAUCUUGCCCUUAUUGUGCCUUUGCAUUCUACAGUUACUUUGAUCAUUAUCCCAACGCACUUCGCAUGUUGCUCCAACGCAACCCGGAUCAGGGAGUACGAAGUUUCACUUGCAAAGCUCUGGUCACUGCAGUCAAGAAGAUAUCGGAGACGCUCCCCAAUAUCUAUGACUCACAAGAGUCGUACAGCUCAGUCUCGGAUUCCGAUGAAGAUGAUGACCUUGAUCAGCAUGACGUUUCUCGUCACUCUGUCAUUGAUCGAGUAAUGCUCAUUUUCGAUUAUCUUUGGAAACACUUUCACCUCCACAUUAAGGCCUGGGACGAGUAUUUCGGAGCAAUUCUAGGCUUUGCUGAACUGGGCCAUCGUGAAACUGGACGUGUAUUGGCUGCAGAUUUUCUGCUAAGGACUAUUCAGAUCAUCUCGGCCGACCCUCUACAAGACCUCAGUGGAGUCUGGGCCAAAAUGCUCAACAGUGUUAUUCGACGAAACAACAGUCCAAAGCCCCCUUCUUAUACAUCAAUCAUUGCCCUUGUCCAGCACUUGAUAAGCAAGAUGAAUUGGAAACUUGGAACUGACUCGAUCGAAGAGGAUCCGACAGAGCGACUUACACAGACAGCCGGGCCAUUUCGUUGGACAUCAAGUGAGGUAACUCUCGUCUUCAAUGGUUUGGACAUGACCUCUCACACUAGCCUAUUUGUCGAGAAACUCCUUGCCCUUGAUCAGGCGCCUGCAUCCAGCGAUGCUAUUAUACGCUACUUGGUACGAUUAGACGACAAAGUCGAUGAUAGAGUCCUUUCAACAUUGAAACAAUGUCUCCGUGGCGAAACCUCAACACAGGCCAUGGAUCCGUUCUUGCGGGCAGCCAUCCCCUACCUCGACAGUACCGACAACCUCAACAACGCCCUGGAAAUAGUGCAGCAUAUGUUGGCGCAGGCGAGAAGUCUACAGAACAACGAGGGUGUGUUUUUUGUACGCUUCUUCAUGGUGGCAGCGAACCUCCAAAGAGAAGACGAGGAGUUUGCCAAGGCAGUUCGCUCGUACAGCCUGGGGCAAGUGCCAGAAUGGGUACCUUUUCUUCUCGCGUGGUCUGAUCAGCACAUGCGGUCCACCACAAAAGGGUUUCUUAGCAGCACCUUGUUUGAUAACUUGAAGGGUCGCAGCCCGGUCAACAGCGACAGUACCUGUUGUGACAGAGAUGCCAUUGAGGAGGCGGCAAAGCAGGUCGGAAUCGCAUGUCUCGAGUACCUCAAAGACCACCACGUCCGCAGAAGGGCUAAUGUUGGUCGAGAAAUUGCGACCGAUUUUCUGGACGUAAUCGAGCAAUGCGGUGCGGUGGUAAAUGUGGGCUCAGAUGAGCAGAGUGAUACAGACAAAAGGUUCUGCAAACUACAGGAUGAUGUGAUCGAUCCUUUACGGAAGCUUGUUGUUGAUGACAUGGAAGACGAUGGGACCGACUGGGAAGGAUCCUGCGGAUCAUCUGAACAGAUUGAUGACAUUGAAAUGAACAUUCCGGGUGUAAAGGAGCUACACGGCAUGUAG